UGAAGCAUCAAAGCAGUCUUCCCUCAAGUUGACAGUUGAGUUGUUAAUCAUCAAAAAUCCCUUUUUGCCGUGCAAUUUUGUACAACUAAAAAAACCCGAAAAAAAAGAUGUCCGGCAAAAAGAUUUCGGCGCGAAUUGACAGCAGAAUGCCCAAAACGUUCCGCCCUCGUGCCGUCCCGCAAGAACCGCCCGCCGCACGCUGCCAUUCGGCCGAGGUCAGCUGGACGGACAGUACCGCCAUUGACCACCGCCGCCCUCGGACGGCAGCGAAGCCUUGCCACCGGUUGGGCCACGUUCCGGCGUACCUGCGCCGGAGUCAAGCCACGUCGAUGGACGCUGGCUUGACCAAGCUGGCAGGGAGAAAGCAGGAGCAGGCGGUUCGGAAGCCGGCGGUGGUACCGCUGGUUCACAAGCUAGGGUCGAUUCCAACGUAUUUGAGGACGAACCGGUCGUCUUCAGCUGGUGAAGAUCGUGAGGCGAAACCAGUUCAGAUGGAAAAGGCUUCGGAGGACAAGAAGACCUCUUGCAGUAGUUCUGAGCAGAGUCUGGUUUUGGAUGAGAUCAGGAGUUUGCGAAACGACCUCCGGCGGAGCUGCUCCAUUGGACUCUUUAUUAGUCCGGUGGACCAGUCCAACGUGAUAAGACGACUGCAGCAAAAGAUGCUCAAAUUAAGGACGACCAUUCAAUCUUUGGAAGUAACCAUAAAAGUUCUACAAGAAGAAAACAAAAAACUAAAUUGUAUUGUGGAUCAAUCCGAAGCAUCAUGUUGAUCCUCCCGGCGAUGGGGAGCAAAAUCUUACCUUGUUUUCGAAUGACGCCGAAUUGGAUGGAGAUGUUCGAAGAAAAAGAAAAUCCUAUUGAAAUUUGUACCGUUUGAGGUGAAAUUUAUUUAUUACAAUACUAUUCAAAUAAAAAAAAA